AUGGAGGACACAACAUCUGCGACGAGCGUAACAAGUUGCCUGUCUAGAAAUAUGGAAGCGUCGGUCUCUCCUCAAACACAGAAGAUGACGAGCUUGCAAACUCCUCGUAAAAGCUCACUUUCAGUAUCUAAGAAAGAUUUGUGGUUUGCUAUACGGGAAGGAUCAUUGGUUGAUGUGGAUUCAGCACUCAACAUGCUGAAGAAGAGCGGUGGGAAUAUAAAUUUAAGGAAUGCCUAUGGCCUGACUCCUCUGCAUAUUGCAAUCUGGAGAAACCACAUUCCUAUUGUCAGGAGACUGCUUGCAGCUGGUGCUGAUCCUGAUGCAAGGGAUGGAGAAUCUGGUUGGAGUAGUCUUCACAGAGCUUUGCAUUUUGGACAUCUCGCGGUGGCUAGUGUGCUAAUUGACUCAGGUGCUUCUUUUACUCUAGAAGACAUAAAGUCGCGAACACCCGUUGAUCUGGUCUCAGGUCCGGUGGCUCAGGUCAUUGGUGAGCAGCAUAAUUCAGUGGCUACAGAGGUUUUCAGCUGGGGAAAUGGUGCAAACUACCAGCUUGGAACUGGGAGUCAAGAUGUUCAGAAGCUGCCUGGCAGAGUUGAUUCACUUCAUGGUUGUUUUAUAAAGUUGGUCUCUGCUGCAAAGUUCCAUAGUGUUGCCAUUAGUUCUCAUGGAGAAGUCUACACGUGGGGAUUUGGAAGAGGUGGCCGCCUUGGACAUCCUGAAUUUGACAUUCACAGUGGUCAAGCUGCAGUUAUCACUCCCCGGAAGGUGAUAUCUGGUUUAGGAUCUCGCCGAGUCAAGGCAGUUGCAGCAGCGAAGCACCAUACAGUCAUUGCUACAGAAAGCGGGGACGUACUCACUUGGGGUUCCAAUAGAGAGGGGCAGCUUGGUUAUACCUCUGUGGAUACUCAGGCAACACCCCGCAAGGUGACUUCAUUGAAGGCGAAGAUUGUAGCUGUUUCUGCCGCAAACAAACAUACAGCCGUAGUUUCUGAUUGCGGUGAAGUUUUCACUUGGGGAUGCAACAAGGAAGGCCAGCUUGGUUAUGGAACCUCCAACUCUGCAUCAAACUACUCUCCCAGAUUGGUUGAUUACUUGAAAGGGAAAGUUUUCACGGCUAUCUCUUCUGCAAAAUACCACACUCUCGUCUUGCGAGAAGAUGGAGAGGUUUACACCUGGGGUCAUCGGCUGGUGACUCCAAGACGUGUUGUUACAUCCCGGAAUCUAAAGAAAGCUGGGAACACACUAUUGAAUUUUCAUCGAAGGAGGCCUCUUCGUGUGACUGCAAUAGCUGCGGGAAUGGUACACAGCAUGGCUCUAGCAGAAGAUGGUGCAUUGUUUUAUUGGGUUUCUUCUGACUCCAGUCUUAGAUGCCAACAGUUGCAUAUUCAUGGGAAAACAGUUGUGAGCAUUUCAGCGGGUAAAUAUUGGGCAUCUGCUGCUACUAGUACAGGUGAAGUUUACAUGUGGGAUGGGAAGAAAGGUAAAGAUGUGCCACCGUCUCUUUCUCGCCUCCACAACUUGAAAAGGGCAACCACGGUUGCUGUUGGUGAAACACAUCUUCUGGUUGUGGGUUCUCUAUAUCAUCCUGCCUAUGCUCCUAAUGUGCUUACUAAGUCUCUGACUCUACAAGCGGAUGAAAGUAGGGAUGAAGAACUUGACGAGGGUUUUAUGUUUGAUGAUGAUAAAUCUUUUAAGGUGUUACCAUCCGCGGAACACGAUAAACCUAUGGAGAGGAAAGCACCUAGCUUGAAAAGUUUAUGCGAGAAGGUGGCAGCGGAGUGUAUUGUAGAGCCACGAAAUGCUAUUCAACUGCUUGAGAUUGCGGAUUCACUUGGAGCGGAGGAUCUGAAGAAGUAUUGUGAGGACAUUGUGAUCAGAAACCUAGACUUUAUUUUGACCGUUUCUCCUCAAACAAUUGCAAAUACAUCAACUGAUGUUCUUGCCAAUCUUGAAAAACUACUGGAUGACAGAUCAUCCGAAGCAUGGAGCUCCCGACCACUUCCAACCCCAACGGCCACAUUUCCUGUUGUUAUUGAUAGUGAAGAAGAGGAAAGUGAGAGCGACAUUCUAAGAACUCGUGACAACCAUGUGAAACACUUCUCCUGUGUUACUAGAGGAGGCUCUCGAAUGGAUUCCUUCUUACAACCAGAAGAUGAGCUGGCUCAACGUAAUUCCAAAGAAGUCCGAGCUUUGAGGAAAAAGUUGCAACAAAUUGAGAUCCUUGAAGCAAAACAAUCAAGAGGACAACUUCUUGAUGGUCAGCAAAUAGCAAAACUUCAAAAGAAACUAGAUAUCGAAAUUUCACUGGUAGAACUUGGUAUUUCGGUUGAAGAGUCGCCAGAGGCAAAAUCAUCAUCAGCUUUGCCAUUAGAUGGAAAGGCCAACAAGAAGGCUGACGGUUUAAGAAAAAAGAAGAAAAAGGGAAAACAGAGGUUUUCACAGGUUGAGACAUUCCCUGAUUCUGAUGAAGUUAAAGUAGAAACAGAUACAAUGCAGAGUAAAGACGCCGAGAAAAUCUCUGAAUCUAUCAACCCAAAGGAUGGCUUUACGAUGUUGGAUGUGACGAUGAUCACCAAAGAAUCAGACUUUGUCUCACUCUCGCAGAAGAAAGAAUACCCACCUGAUUCACCAAGUAACAAGAAACUUGCGACGGCAGCAAACAAGAAGAAGAACAGAAAGGGAGGGCUUUCCAUGUUCUUGACUGGUGCUCUUGAUGCUAACCCCAAGCCUGUCGUUGUUCCUCCACCAAAGCCCAAGAUCGAAGGUCCUGCAUGGGGCGGAGCUAAGAUUUCAAAAGGGUUUUCUUCUCUUCGAGAUAUUCAAGAUGAACAAAGCAAGACCCAGCCUCAUGAACCUGUUAGGACGACAACUAAACAUCAGUUAGGGGAUGAGUCUUCUGGUAAUACCGAAGGAAAGAUACUACUGAGUUCUUUCUUGACUUCGAAGCCUAUUCCUGUAGAAUCAGCCAGAAGCUUUCAGCAAGCUGAUAUGGAAAGAGGAACUCCUCCUUGGGCUUCCUCCGAAACUCCUCCUCACGUUUCUCGACCUUCUCUCAGAGAUAUCCAGAUGCAGCAGGUGAAGAAGCAACAGUCUUUGUCCCACAGUCCAAAGACAAAGACAUCAGGCUUCACAGUUACAACCGGGCAAGGAUCUCCAUCAGAUUCGCCUGGAACAAACCGGUGGUACAAGCCAGAGAUCGAUGCUCCAUCAUCAAUCCGCUCUAUUCAGGUGGAAGAAAAAGCCAUGAAGGAUUUGCGCCGCUUCUACAGCAGUGUGAAGCGCAGAAGAACCAGAGUCGGAGCCCUAAAUCCAGCGCCGAAUCGGAGGUUUGUUGUAAUGGCGAGAAUGAAAUCGAGGAAGGGGAAGAAGGAUAGAGGGUUUACGAAGAGGAAGAAGACGUGCGUUUGUGUGGCAUCGCAAAAGGAGUUGUUCGAAAAAAACGAAGUGAAUCGGAGGAGGAAAAGGAAGAAAUUGGCGCUGAAGAAUCAGAGUCGGAACCCUAAAACGGAGGUUUGUUGUGGUGGCGAGAAAGAAGUCGAAGACUUUCUCACAUGGAUACGACGACUCAAGCGUUUUGUUUGGAAUCUUCUAAAAAAUAUGGCUGAGGCAACGCUUGCUUUGAGGAAGCCUGUGUUUACCAAGGUGAGUGAGCUGAGACCAGGAACCAACGGUCACUCGCUGAACGUGAAAGUUGUCAGCAUGAAGAUGCAGAGAGUUUCGUAUUUUUCUCUGAUGGAGCCCUUACCAAGUGGAAACCUUCCUCCUGGUUUUGAUCCCAGUACUUGCCGUAGCAUGCUGGCAACAUCCAUACGCAGGUCACUGAGGCUCUUCUUCAAGAGAUUUUUUCAAGUACCGGCCCUGUUGAAAGCUGUAAGCUCAUCAGGAAGGAUAAGUCCAGAGGUUACUGAUGCAGCAUUGUUUGAUAGCUUUUCUGGCUUCAACAGUUGCUCGGAUGCAAGAGUAAUGUGGGACCAGAAAACUGGACGCUCAAGAGGCUUUGGGUUUGUCUCCUUCCGCAAUCAGCAGGAUGCUCAAACUGCCAUAAAUGAAAUGAAUGAAUGUCUUGUUGGAGAUGAGACUGAAAUCAUCAUCUUUACGACAAGAAACGAUAAUAUCAAGUGGUACGGAGUUGAAGGAGAGUACAACGUAAGGGUUCCAAGUCUUGAAGACUUGUUCAACUACUGUAGCAGAAAACUUUCUUUGAGAACCCUUCUCAUGCUUGCAGACCAACGAACUAACAGAGUUGAGUAUAUGCAUACUAGAGGUUUCAUUCACCGCGAGAUCAAGCCCGACAACUUUUUAAGCAGUCCUCAAGUAUCCGCAAAUUGGUUCAAGUUCCGGUCGGAAUCAUACUGCUGCGAAUCCGGGUUUGAUAGCAGGACUUCUGUCGAAAUGAACCCGGAAAUAAGCAAUAGGUUCUCAAGUGCGGUUGAGGUUUUCAUUGGACAACUCCGCUUGAAGGCUUGGGCAUCAAGAAACUCCAAUGAUGGGCCUUUCUCGAAGCACUCGCACGGUGAGUCACAAAGACAAAAGAGUUCGUCGAGAUACCUAGGAGAACAAUAAUUUCCAUUUUCAAACUCACAAAAAAGGGGAUAUGUUUUCUUCUUCCUUUUUUUUUUUUCAUUUGGUUUAUAAUUUACAUUAGUUUAAAAUCGAUUUAAUUUACAUUAGUUGUGAAAC